CCGGAUGUACGUCUUUCGUACAUGUACAGUUCAGAGAGCAUGGUGGAAGGUUUGAGGAGGCACAAUGGCACGUAGUGUACUUCAUUGUUUUAAGAGGAUAAACUUGCCUGGUCUUAAUGCUUAUAACGAGCUUUUUGUUAACAGUCUACAGAUUCAGGCACGUGGUUAUGCUAGUAAGAAACCAGUUGCCAAAGGCAAAGGUAAAGGAAUGGUGAAGGAAGUUUUCAAGGGUCCAGAAGUUUGUAAGGAUCCAGUGAAACUUUGCACACAUGCAGUUGGAGUCAACAUAUUAAAGCAAGGCGAGGACCCUCUUAUUAAACCCAAAGAGGAAUAUCCAGAAUGGUUGUUUCAGUUGGACCUCGGUCCACCCAAAAAACUCAACGAGCUGGAACCAGACAGUUGGGAAUACUGGAAGCUUUUAAGGAAAGAACACAUUUGGAGACAUAAUAAACUGCAUAAAGGCAAAAAGAUGUAGAGUGUUUGGUCAAACUCAUGCGUCUUUGAAAGCAAGACCUCGGUGAACCUUUGCUUUCCCAGCAUUCACAGCGGACAUUACCUGAGGCACGGA